AUGGAUUUGACACAAUGCCAGAAGCGCCCUUUGUCACCAAACCGACCGGCCUGCUCCCAUGCUCCUCCAGUGAAGCGGCGAGCCACACAAGCCUGCUUAUCCUGCCGCAAUCGCAAAGUGCGCUGUGAUGUGACCGUUGGUGGCAUGCCCUGCACAAACUGCCGCAUAGAUGACAUCGUAUGCGAGGUCAAGGAAUCGCAGCGCGGACGGAGGCCUUCUUCUGUCCGGAACGGCAAAGCAGUCGAUGCGUCCCGGCGGUUCAGCCGCUAUGUGCAGGAAAGUUGUUCGCAGCACGCAACAGCGGGAGAGGAAUGGCGACUGUUGGCGACACUGGACGACGGAAAUAAGGGGGGCACAGCGGAUGCAGAAGGGGAAUCGGAGCUGUACGGGGUGUCUGUCAUCUACUGCCAACCGUGGGAAACGCCGAGAGCACAACAGCAGCCGCUUCCUGAGGAAUCGAAACCACCGUCUGACGUCGAGGACGAACUGUCGGAGGAACCAGAAGGAAACAUCCCGCGGCUGCAGAGUCCCCCUCCAUCCCCCCUGCUGUCGUUACCUGGACUAUCUCAGCAAUGUUCUCAACAAGAGCCUGGAACUCUCAAGCCUCAAGGAUUUCACCCGCAACAUCAUCCACACUUUUCCAACUACCAUCAUUUGGAUCACAAUCCCCGCUGCCCUCCGGGGACUGGUGAGCCACUGCGGCUUCCGAGCUACAUCAGGCCUGUCCCCAGGCACCUGGAUAGUGAAGACCUGCACUACAUGGUUUCAAAGAGCUGCCUACAAAUACCCGAUGAUGAGUUGCGUGAUGAGCUUAUCCGUGUUUUCAUCAGCAUUGUGUACCCGUUGAUGCCUAUUAUUGAUGUUGAGGAGCUCAUCGAAGCCGUUGUGGCAAACGACGGUCGCAACCCAAUCAGCUUGCUUGUAUUCCAAGCCAUCAUGUUUGUAGCCGUUGCAUUCGUCGAUAUUGAGUAUCUCCUGGCGAGGGGGUAUUCGUCACAUAAGUCAGCUCGCAUGGACUUCUUUAAUCGAGUCCGCAUCUUGUACAGCCUGAAUUACGAGAGGGACCGGGUAGCGCUGACUCAAUCCCUCCUGGCCAUCACAUACUGGUAUGAUGCUCCAGAUGAUGACAAGGACACCUGGUACUGGAUGGGCACGGCCCUUACGACCGCCCAAGUUGCUGGUUUUCAUCGCGAUCCAGCUUCAGCGGGGGUUCCACAACAGCAGCAGCAGCAGCAGCAGCAACAACAACAACAACGGGUUGCAAGCUUGCAAAGGCGGAUUUGGUGGUCUUGCUUCACGAGAGAUCUGCUUCUUGCCUUGGGUCUUCGCCGCCCUCCUCGAAUUCGAGACAGUGACUACAAUGUCAGCAUGCUGUGUGAGGCGGACUUCGACCUCACUCUGCCGUCGGCCACUCUGAUCCAUUUCUUCCGCUCAUCGAAAUUUCCUUGCCCGGAUCAAGCUUCAAAGCUUGAAUCGGCAAUAACGAGCAUCGAACUUGCCCGACUAUGUCUCACUGUGGGACGUAUCCUACACACUCAAUACACCUCUGUCGGUGCAUACUACGGCGGGUCAGAGUAUCUCGGACCGUUCAAGCCCAAGAGAACAAGUGCCGAGAUCAACACCCUAGCCCAGUGUGCGGCUGAACUAUGCGAAUGGAUCCAGAAGCAAAACGCUCGUGUAUUGUAUGUUCCCGGAGAUGAACCGCCGUUGCCUCGAGAAACCGCCGACUGGAAGGAGGAUAUCGGGCGGUUCCAUCGGAUUCAACUUCACAUGAUCUAUCUAGCUGCACUGGGUGCUCUGCGCAGGCCAUCAGUGUUCUGUCGAGACCCAAUUACGGGUGACUGGGGAUCCGUUCCCACCGACAUGGCCUUAGACCCGGCCGUAGAGAUGAUCAAGUUGGCUUUCGACUUGCAGCGGAACGACCAGCUUCGAUACCUUACCACAACUGCAGUACCAGCCUUCUUGUCUGUGUCACUCGUCCACUUGUUGGGCUCAAGAGAGGGCGAUGAGAAAGACCGAAAUUUGAGCUUUGGCCGUCUCUACCAGUCGGUCUACGUGCUGCAGAGGCUCCAGAGUAUCUAUUCCUCAGCCGACUACGCCGUUUGUUUCCUAAAAUCUAUUCUGGCCAAGGCCGGACUACGGGUCCCAGGCUCCUCACUGUGGAUGAUGAAUGAUGGAUCCAACUCGAAACAGUGUGAAACCCUGACAAACAACGUUUCCAUGGACAUGCACCCAAGUGAGGUCGCAGCAGCAUGCAUGUAUCCGAGCCCGAGCGCCUCUCUGUCAGUCAAUAACCCCGUGGAGGGCAGCCCCUCGCCAACAACAACGCUCCCAACAGACAUGGUCCAGUGCCAGUGGGAGCUGCCGCUGGAUGAGCAGCUUUAUGGAGAAGUCCCACCACUUCACGAGCUUAUUUCUUGCCCGUCCCUUUUUGGCAGCUGGACUGAGCCUGACACUGUGGUGCCAACCGAAUUUGACUUUGAGAGUGCUUUUUUAAGUAUUUCCGAGGGAGGUUCCUUCAUGUAUUCUCUCUAG